GGAAGUCCGAGUGGUAGCCUGUUCCACUCACAGGUUCGGGAACCAUAAGAUCCAAAGAACUCCUUACAAUAUUUGUGCCAUUCGAUGUGAUGUAUGACUAAUCGUGCUUUUAUUUUAAAAACUGGCUAAACCCAUACCAUUGGUUUUGUACUCAACCAUCACUCCUGCAUCAUCUCCUUAUUACUUUAUUUCUUACACCAUCCAACCAUUGCAUUAUUUAUAGCCCUUUUCAGCAGCAAAACAAGCUCAAGCAACACUACCUCUUGCACCUCUCUCCGACGGUUGUUUUGCAGAAACGGAAAAUAAAAAUAAAAAUGGGAGAGGCUCUGCGCAUGGCUAUUGGAAUAAUGGGAAAUGCUGCCACUUUACUGUUGUAUGCAUCACCCAUAUUAACUUUCAAAAGGAUAAUAAAGAAGAGAAGCACUGAGGAAUUUUCUUGCAUCCCUUACACCGUUGCUCUAUUGAAUUGUCUUCUGUAUACAUGGUAUGGUUUGCCCAUCGUGAGCGUUAAGUGGGAGAAUUUCCUUCUGAUUACCAUCAAUGGCUUCGGGAUUUUUCUUGAGUCCUCCUUCAUUGUCACAUAUAUCUGGUUUGCUCAAGCUGAGAGAAAGAAGAUCGUUUCAUUCAUGGCGGUAGCAGUGAUUGUGAUUUUUUCUACGACUAUGCUAGUCUCCAUGUUUGCUUUGCAUGAUCAUCAUCUAAGAAAGUUGCUGGUUGGGUCCGUGGGAUUAGCAGCCUCUGCUACCAUGUAUGCUUCGCCACUAGUGGUUAUGAGACGAGUAAUCCACACCAAGAGUGUAGAAUUCAUGCCCUUCUACUUAUCCUUUUUCUCGUUGGUCAACAGCUUAUUGUGGGUGAUAUAUGGAGUGUUAAGCCAUGAACUCAUCCUUGCGGCUCCUAAUCUCUUGGGUACCCCGUUGGGUGUACUUCAGCUUGCUAUAUACUGCAAGUAUAGGAAGACCAAGGGAAUUUCCAAAGAACCUAACAAGUUGGACUUGGAGAAGAAUGGCUUGGAAUUAAAACCUCACCAACCCGUUUCUAAUGGCAAGGAAUGAGAAGAAUUUGAUUAGCUUAAAAGAUUAAGUCUUUUUUU